CAGGCGCGUCAGUCGCGCGAGAACCUUCGACGUGUGGAGGUGUCUCCCCGCGCUCCGCGUGUGCACCAUCGCCGCUCUCUCCCCCGUCUCUCUCCCCACCCAACACGCGCGCGCGACGCAUCACUGCCACUAGUAUAAUAGCCACAAUACUGCCGUACUGUACUGAGCUGCGUGCAUAUAUAUAUAUAUAGAGAGAGAGAGAGAGAGAGAGAGAGAGAAAGAGAGCGCGCGCCAUCGCGAUAUUGUGAAACUCUGUGAGGGAUUGUCGUUGUCGUCCAAGUGCGAGAGUGGAAGAACGCGCGUGACAAGACGGGAAGGAAGGUGGACGUGCUCGUUCGCGAGUGCUCCUCGAACGUGUGAAAGAAAUUGAGAGAACUGUGUCGAGCGAGCUGUGUCGAGCGAGCUGUGUCGUGCGCUCGUUCUUUUCGACACUCAUCUUCUCGUUGUCGUUGGUGCGUCUUUCUCUCUUUCUCCCAUGCCGCUCGUUCAACGUUAAACACUACGUACAUUGCCGGAAGCACGUACGCGCGCGCGCGCGCGCGCGAGCAAGCGAGCGAGCGAGCAACUCGCGAUCCGUCGCGCGUUGCUCCUUUGGCUUGACGAGAGCGUCGUGGUCGUCGUGGUCGUCGUCGGGGCCAUGAGGCAUCGCUGAGUCCACGGCGUUGCGUCUGGGGAAGAAGGAGGAAGAGCAAGUAAGCCAGCAAAAGCAAGCAGGGACGACGACGAGGGAGACGGAAGAAGUGGGAGGCGUUGCUUUAUCGGAGUAUAUCGGAGAGCAGGCGAUUCUCAACGACGGUCGCGCGUCGAGAUUUAAACUGCCGCCACCGCCGCCGCCGUCGUCGUCGUCACCGCAUCAGCCACUAGGCGAUUUAAAUGGGCCGUGAAAGCGUUUCAGCAGUUGCUAUGGGUAGAACCAGGAUUCCCACGGGCCUGCGAAGUUCACCUACGGCUCGGCUUGAUGCUGAAGGUCCACGCUGACUUCGACGCCGCCUUGAAACACCUGACCCUCGCCUUGAUCGAUGCCACAACACCUGCUUCCUUCUCCAAGCUCGAAAUCAAAUUCCAUAUCGCUCAUUUGCACGAGGUUCAGGGCAAAUAUCGCUUGGCCAAGGAGCACUACGAGGCCUUGCUGAAGGAGAAGGCUUUACCGUCGCAUUUAAAGGCCGACAUUUGCCGUCAACUAGGAUGGAUGUACCAUGUGGUUGACUGUGCAAUACUGGGAAUAACGAGACAGCAGAAGCAAACCUUAGCUAUCCACUGCCUGCAGAAGUCUAUCGAAGCUGAGCCGAAGAGCGGACAGAGCCUGUAUCUGUUAGGACGUUGUCUGGCAGCGUCCGGGAAAGUGCACGAUGCAUUCGUCGCGUACAGAAAUUCCGUCGAGAAGUCGGAAGGAAACGCCGAUACGUGGUGCAGCAUAGGAGUCCUCUACCAGCAGCAGAACCAGCCGAUGGACGCGUUACAGGCCUACAUAUGCGCGGUUCAGCUAGACAAGUCACACUCAGCCGCUUGGACUAAUCUCGGCAUACUGUACGAAAGCGUGAGCCAACCGAAAGACGCUCUGGCCUGUUACGUCAACGCAUCCAGGGGUAACAACAACGCAGCAAAUUGUACGGGUCCAUUGGCGGGCCUAGGUGGCGUCAAGUCCGGUGGCAAUACUCCGAUGAACCCGUCCCUCCAACAGCGCAUCAACUUUCUGCAGAAUCACCUAAGUCAAGGACCAAUGCCUUCCAUCGCUACCAAGAGACGGCAGUUGCCGCCGAUUGAAGAGGCCUGGAACUUGCCGAUCAGUGCGGAAAUGUCCAGUCGGCAGCAGCAGCAACAGCAAACACCGGGCGGGCCCUCCUACAAGUAUGGUACUGCACCUUCUGGCCCGCCACCGCCUUAUCCCCAGGCCCAGUCUCAAACCAAGCGAUUCAAGCCUGGCGAGGAAGCGAUAUCGGCGAGCGCGCCGCAACGGCCGCCGCCGUUUUAUAUGUCUCCGCAGCAGCUGCAGACGCUACAUUUCCUGCAACAGAAUCAUAGUCAAUUGACGUCGCAGCAGCAGAUCUUGUUGGCCCAGCUGCAACACCAGUAUCGGACGAUGCAGCAACAUCAGCAGCAGAUCAGGCUGCAACAGCAACAAGCGGCGCAACGGGGCCUCAGGCCCGGCCAGCCCGGUUAUCCCGCCGGUUACGGCCAUCCUCAAAUCAGCGGCCAAGCCGGCAUUAUUAAGAACUAUGGGAUACCACAGCAACCGUUGCAGCAAGGAGGUACUGUCGCGUUGCAAACGGGCUUCUCUGAUUCUAACGUUGGCUACAGCGCGGCAGCAACCGGGAACACGCAGACACCAGGCAUGCCUUACAAAUCCGCAUCGGAUCCAAAUUAUCCUCAACCUCAGCCUCAACGGCAAAUUGGCGGUAGCGCACAGUACAGCCAGUAUCAGCAGAGUCAAUUCGCCGCUCAGGGUUAUUCGCAGAUUUCAUCGACGACGAGUAGUUAUCCAGAGGGUUCAGCGGCGAACAAGGACCUGGGCGUCACAGACCAGGAGCUGCAAGCGCUGCUAUCCCAGAAGGAUAUCGCUACAUCGCUGGCGGAGGACCUGCUCAAGCACUUUGGCUCAGAGGAUUUAGACGUAAAAGAGGAACCGCCAACUAGCAUUAUGAACAACAAUGGUGCUCUCAGUUCUGGACCUUUCUCCCCAUCAAAUCUUGAGGAAAAUGCGGAUAAGACAAAGGAAGUCGUGAAGGUGGAGAAAAGUGAGGAGCCGUCGAAAGCGGCCGAGGCGUACGAAACAAAUGACAUAAAGCCGCCAACGCUUCCGGCACCGCGACCACCGUCGACGCCGUCGACGGAAACGGUGAAAUGCGAACAGACUAUGAGCGCGAACAAAACCGGCGAGUCGACUCCGAAAAUGGAGCCGGUGUUAAAGCUCGAGAGUUUGUGCGAAUCGCAGCCGGAAUUGGAGCUGAACAUUGAUAUGGACGCCAAGACGAUCGUGGAAGCGUGUCGUGGUCAGGGGGUGAAUGGCGUGCCAAAUUGCUCGAUAUUGAGUGACCGUUCGCCGCCACCAGCCCCUCCGGACCCGCCGAGUCAACGAUUGACGAAGGAGCAAUUGUUACCACCCACACCCAGCGUUUAUCUGGAGAACAAGAAGUGUGCAUUCAGUCCGCAGCUACAAGAAUUUUGUCUAAAGCACCCAAUCGCCGUGGUACGUGGACUCGCUGCUGCACUUAAGCUGGAUUUAGGUCUGUUCUCGACCAAAACGCUGGUGGAAGCGAAUCCAGACCACGGUAUUGAGGUUCGUACGCAAAUGCAGCAGCCAAGUGAUGAGAACUGGGAUCAGCAGUUCACCAAGAAAGUAUGGAACUGCAUCAGCCAUCGCAGUCACACCACUAUUGCAAAAUACGCACAGUAUCAGGCCAGUAGUUUUCAAGAGAGUUUGAAGGAAGAGCGCGAGAAGUCGCAAGGUGUACAUACAUCCAACCUGUCCGAUUCCGACUCGAAGGAUAGCACGGGUCAAGUUACAAAACGGAAGAAGAACACCGUCGGUCUGGCCGGCCGACAAGGUUCAAAGAUGUUGCGUUUUGGCACGAAUGUUGAUCUAUCGGACGACAGGAAAUGGAAACCGCAACUGCAAGAACUGAUGAAACUACCCGCCUUCGCUAGAGUCAUAUCGGCUGGCAAUAUGCUCAGUCAUGUGGGCCACGUGAUCUUAGGAAUGAAUACCGUACAGUUAUAUAUGAAGGUACCUGGCAGCAGAACACCUGGCCACCAGGAGAACAAUAACUUCUGUUCCAUCAAUAUCAAUAUCGGACCGGGAGAUUGCGAAUGGUUCGCCGUGCCUGAUGCUUACUGGGGCGUCAUAUGCUCGUUAUGUGAGCGCAACGGCAUCAAUUACCUACACGGCAGCUGGUGGCCAUCUCUGGAAGAUUUGUACGAGGAGAAUAUUCCAUUAUACAGGUUCGUACAACGACCGGGUGACUUGGUCUGGGUGAACGCAGGAUGUGUGCACUGGGUGCAAGCGGUCGGCUGGUGCAACAACAUCGCGUGGAACGUCGGCCCUCUCACAGCGAGACAAUAUCAGCUCGCCAUCGAGCGCUACGAGUGGAACAAGCUACAAUCGUUCAAGUCCAUCGUGCCGAUGGUGCAUCUAUCGUGGAAUUUAGCUCGCAACAUUAAGGUGUCGGACCCGCGUCUGUUUGAGCUGAUCAAAAAUUGCCUGUUGAGAACUAUGCGACAAUGCUGUCUUAUAUUGGACUUUGUGAAGAGCAAGGGUGUGGAGGUGCGCUUCCACGGUCGUGGCAAGAACGAGGCUUCUCAUUAUUGCGGACAGUGUGAGAUCGAAGUGUUCAACAUUUUAUUUAUCCGGGAGCAGGAGAAACGGCAUGUUGUUCAUUGUAUGGAGUGUGCAAGGAAACAAUCGCCAUCCUUGGAAGGAAUUGUCUGCUUGGAAGAAUACAGCAUGCACGAACUCAUGGACGUUUAUGAUGGUUUCACUCUGCACACGUCACCAUCGACUUCUGCUUCAACGGCGUUGUCUACAACGAACAAUGCGCAGUCCUCCUGAGGUUACAUGCAGCACAGAUACUUGGACUUCCUGGGUACGCUGUCGCAAUGACAGCCCGGGCAGUGCGAAUUCUGUGUUUUAGUUGAUGAAAUGCGACAAGACACUUCUUCUUACGAUAAGCAUUAUCCGUGUACCUGAGAGCUACUCUAAACGAGCCGCGAUCGACUCGGUGGCUGUUAUAGGCGUUAGGUGAUAACUCUGUCUGAAACACAAAGUGAGUUCAAAACCGUUAAAGAGGAACGUUUUAUCAAUUCGUGACGACUAUCGUGACAGCCUCUCGAGUCGAACCCCGGCGAGAAGAGGAGGGAGGGACCCCUCGCGUUCGAGAAGCAAUUCCGAGAAUGUGGCUUGCACCUCGUGAGCCGCAAGUUAGUUAGCGCCGUUUGUACAAAAAGGAAAAUCUCGUUAGCUCGCUACUUCUAGAAAUCGUGGAGUGGUCGCCGUGGAUUCUCCCCCUCCCCGCCUUGUAAAUACGCAACGGCGACCACGUUUGUAUCCGUAUAGCUCUCGGGUAUUGGUGAGAAGAAUCGAGGGAAGACUGUCGGGAGAAGAAUAAGCGUGAAAUGAAAAAUUGAGUAAAAAGAAAAAAACGAGAGAAGCUCGCGACAUCGUCGUGCGACGGUUUCCAUUUUCGUGUUCGCGCAUUUGACUAAUUGGUUGCCGCCCGUGUUUGACGAUCGGGUUCUUCGUUAUCGUCGUAAUCUUUAAUUAAACUUUUUGUGAUUCGAUAGCUUAGAACACGCUUUACGAUAAACGCGUCGCGAUAUUUAUUUUAUUGAAAUCGUUUUUUUUUUUUUGCUCUUUGUAUUUUAAUCUACACGAUUAGUUCCGUAAAAUGUGAAGAAGUACAAGACUACGCAUGCGGAAAGGAUGACGCGGUAAUGCGAUUCACUGCCACUUACGAAGAAGACACUGAGAGUGAAAGAGCGAAUAUGAGAAAAAAAAAGAAAGAAAGAGGAUCUAUUUGCUCUGUAUACGUAUAUGAGAAUCGCCGACGAACAAUCGUUGAUUAAUCAUUAGGGAUACGCGCGCAGGCACUUGCCAAGACGCGGACUUGCUCAAACUAUUGUAUUUGUACAUUUUUUUAUACGAGUCGGCGUCGAAAUUAGGAGAAAAAAGGGGAAAUUAACAAGAGGAUAUCGUUAAAUCAUGGAACGAUCUUUACUGCCAAUCAAAUGUUAUGCUCGUUAUUAAACGUCUCUCGGACGAGACGUUUAAUCUUUUAAUCGCAUAGAAUGAAAUUUGAACGUGUUAAAAUUUAAUCAUUGUUGUUUUCACAAGAAUCAAGUCCUUGGAAAGCCUUUUUGCGUACGAAAUUUUUUGAUCUCGCAGUGACGCACCCGCGAGAAGUUGACGUGAAAAAAGCGUAUAUAAAUUGUAUCUCACGUUCGACAAAAUCUUUUUCGAUAUCUCAUCACAUUUAUACACAAAUUAUAUACCAAUUUAUUGAUUAAAUUCAGCUUUAAAGUA